AUGGACUCCGACAACGAACCCUUGGUGCUCUCUGCAGCCACAUUGGCGGCUCUUCAACAAUUUAGAUCCGAGGAAGAGCAGCGCAAGGAGCACUUUGCUAAACUCUACCAAGAGAGCGAAGACAGGUACGAUGAGCUUCAAAAAGCCUCUAUCGAUGACUACAAGGAGGACUGGCAGCUUUCACAGUUCUGGUACUCAGACGAAACUGCUGAUAUCUUGGCGAAGGCACUUCUAGAAGGUGCAGAUGAGGACACUGUGGUGUGCAUUGCCAGUGCACCUUCAGUCUAUGCUGCUGUCACCAGACUUCCAGCAGAGCAAGUUCCUACCAAGCACAUUUACUUGCUUGAGUUUGACAAGCGUUUUGAGGUGAUGGCCGGAAAGAAAUACUUUCAUUUUUACGACUACAACAAGCCUGAGGAAGUGCCAGAAGUCAUUAGAAACAAGUGCCAUAGACUUUUGAUUGAUCCUCCGUUUUUGGAGGAAGAAUGCCAGACCAAGUCGGCACAGGCAGCCAGAAACCUCUUGGCUGAUAUCAACGGCGAGAAGACUGCUUCGGGUGACCAGAAGUUCAAAUUGAUUUCAUCUACUGGUGAGAGAAUGAGAGACAUCAUCAAGAAGACUUAUCCGGAGACGCUGCUCACUUCGUUCUUGCCUGAGCACAAGAAUGGUUUGAGUAACGAGUUCCGGUGUUAUGCAUCAUUUGAGUGUCCUUACUGGAAGUUCGACAACACGGUGUAG